AUUAAAGAAGAGAAGAAGAAGACGACAGCAGUCGAGAUGGCCUCUCACUCUCAGGUCUGUUUCUCUUCUUUGCAGCGAAUCAGCGACGAUCAAUACGUCUCUCUGAAUCAUUAUAUCACAGGUUUGGUGGAAGAGAAAUCGAAUGUUAGAAUCUUAACCCUAAACAGACCAAAGCAGCUGAAUGCUCUUUGCUUCGACAUGAUCUCUCGGUUGCUGCAACUAUUCCUUGCAUAUGUGGAGGACCCUAGUGUGAAACUUGUCAUCCUAAAGGGAAGAGCCUUCUGUGCUGGUGGCGAUGUUCCACCUGUUGUUCGUGACAUCCUACAAGGCAAAUGGAGACUCGGUGCCCAUUUCUUCUCUGAUAAAUACACGCUAAACUAUGUUAUGGCCACAUACAGCAAACCUCAGGUUUCAAUUUUGAAUGGUAUUGUCAUGGGAGGCGGAGCUGGUGUCUCUAUCCAUGGUCGAUUUCGUAUUGCAACUGAGAAAACGGUUUUGGUGGAAGAGAAAUCGAGUGUUAGAAUCUUGACACUAAACAGGCCAAAGCAGCUAAAUGCUCUGUGCUUCGACAUGAUCUCUCGGUUGCUGCAACUGUUCCUUGCAUAUGAGGAAGACCUUAGUGUCAAACUUGUCAUCUUAAAGGGUCAGGGAAGAGCCUUCUGUGCUGGUGGCGAUGUUCCACCUGUUGUUCGUGACAUCGUACAAGGCAAAUGGAGAUUCGGUGCCGAUUUCUUCUCAGAUGAAUACACGCUAAACUAUGUUAUGGCUACGUAUAGCAAACCUCAGGUUUCCAUUUUGAAUGGUAUUGUCAUGGGAGGCGGAGCUGGUAUCUCUAUCCAUGGUCGAUUUCGUAUUGCAACUGAGAAAACGGUUUUUGCCAUGCCUGAGGCAGAACUAGGGCUCUUUCCAGAUGUAGGCGCCUCCUACUUCUUGUCAAGGCUCCCUGGUUUUUUUGGAGAGUAUGUUGGCCUCACAGGAGCUAGGUUAGAUGGCGCAGAAAUGCUUGCUUGUGGUCUUGCAACUCAUUUUGUGCCUUCAGCGAGGUUGACUGCAUUAGAAGAAGAUCUUUACAAAGUCAGUUCAAAUGAUCCAACCUUUAUCUCAACAAUUCUCAAUGGAUACACUCAGCAUCCCCACUUGAAACAACAGAGUGCUUACCACAGGCGAGUGUUAGAUGUUAUUGAUAAAUGCUUCUCGAGGAGAACCGUCGAAGAGAUUAUAUCUGCACUUGAGAAAGAGUUCACUCAAGAACCUAAUGAUUGGAUCUCAAAAGCCAUUACAGCUUUGAAGAAGGCUUCGCCAGCAAGCCUUAAAAUCGGUCUUAGAUCGAUAAGAGAGGGACGAUUCCAAGGGGUGGGACAGUGUCUUAUCCGUGAGUAUAGAAUGGUGUGUCAUGUGAUGAAAGGAGAUAUAAGCAAAGAUUUAGUGGAGGGGUGCAGAGCUAUAUUGAUAGACAAAGAUAGGAACCCAAAGUGGACGCCACGACGAUUGGAGGAGAUAAAAGAGAACAUGGUAGAGCAAUACUUCAAGAGAGUGGAGGGAGAAGAAGGAUGGGAUGAUCUAAAGCUUCCACAGAGGAAGAUCUUGCCUCCUUCAGUGAUCUCAAAGCUUUGAAGUGGAGAAGUUGAUGGAGUGGAGAAGUUGAUGGAGCUGACACGCUAGCCUUCAAAUCCUCGAUCCUUGUUGCAAGUCAUGCUGAUGCAUGUUGAUUUAAAAUUAUUUACUUAUAUUAGACUAAUCGAUUGUUUCUCUGCUUUUAUAAGUACUGUUGAACGUUCAAUAAUGAGAGAACAAGUUUUUCUUAUGUCUAGGGACCUAUCUCUCCACUUUUAGACUUUCCCUUGCUUGUAGGAACUACGAUUCAUAUUUCUUUUCAUUUCUUUGUUUCAUGUUUUCUAUUUAGUUAGUUUUUUUAUUUUACGUUCUGAUUAAAACUGC